GAGGCUCUCCUGGUCCUCUUCCCGGCAGUGGAUGCUGCGCGUCUGGCGGUGCCGGUCGGUCUCUCCCGGAGCUGCUGCUGCUGCUGCUGCCGCUGCCGCGGGUCUGCCUGGCCGGGUCCGAGGCGUCUGCCGCCGCCCGCUGAGCGCGCUGGAGAGGAGAAGGCUGAGUUUUUGCGCCGGGGGACCGCGGAGGGGCUUCCCACUCAUGCCCGGGGACGGAGGACGCAGGGUGCAUAACCAAGGAAUGUGUUCCACAUGAAGCAUAAAGCGAUCGGAUUCUGAAAGGACACGUCAAAGCAACAUUUACUUGAACAGUGAAAGAAGAAUGACAGAACAAUCUGUCUGACUUUAAAUUCUUGGACCGCAGGAAAGAGCUCAGAAUGGCUCCGUGCAAAAACAUUGUUGUUGACUUUCUUGAGGAAUUGUGUCUGCCAGAACCACUGCUUGGCUAUAAGAAACACCCAAAUGUUAGGAAAAAGCUGAGACUGAUACGAAUAACAGGACUUUUCCUGGGUAUCGUGGCCGUUAGCACGCUGUAUCUUUCAAUUAGUGCCUUUUUCCAGUCGCAACCUUAUAGCACAGAGACAGCCAGCAAUCUAGAUAGCCAUAAGUCAAAGCACAUGCAUCAAAGAACUCUAUUGGACUUUAACGAACAGAAUCAAACCGGCGCUCCAGAUUCACCUAUUUCUAUGAAAUACGAAGCUGGGCAGGAUAACCAUACGGAGGAGCACUCCAAGGGAGAGUAUCCGGAAGAUCUUUUUUCUCUGGAAGAAAGACGGAGGGGUGCCGUAAUACUUCAUAUUUGUGGAAUGGUUUACAUGUUCAUAGCCUUAGCCAUUGUCUGUGAUGAGUUCUUUGUUCCUUCAUUGACAGUCAUUACAGAAAAACUGGCGAUUUCUGAUGAUGUGGCCGGGGCAACAUUCAUGGCUGCUGGUGGCUCAGCCCCAGAACUCUUCACUUCUCUAAUAGGAGUUUUUAUAUCCCACAGCAAUGUCGGCAUUGGAACAAUAGUUGGCUCUGCCGUGUUCAAUAUCCUCUUUGUGAUUGGGAUGUGUGCUUUAUUUUCCAAGGAGAUCCUGCACCUCACCUGGUGGCCCCUCUUUCGGGAUGUGUCUUUUUACAUCAUGGACUUGAUAUUGCUGAUCAUCUUCUUUUUGGAUAACUUCAUCAUGUGGUGGGAAAGUUUAACGCUGCUGCUUGCUUAUUUCGUCUACGUGACGUUCAUGAAGUUCAACGUGCAAGUGGAAGAACUGGUGAAAAGCCUGCUAAGCAAGAACAAGGUGGAAAAAGUAUCGCCCGAAGUUGAAACAAAGACUAAGCCCCGUCUCCAGCGUGGUGGGAGCUCUGCAUCUCUGCACAACAGUCUAAUGAGGAACAGCAUUUUCCAGCUUAUGAUUCACACUCUUGAUCCACUUGCUGAAGAGCUUGGAUCAUAUGGAAAGCUAAAAUAUUAUGACACAAUGACUGAAGAAGGAAAGUUCAAAGAAAGGGCAUCUAUUCUUCAUAAGAUGGCCAAAAAGUGUCAGGUGGAGGACGGUGAAAAACGGAAUGGAAGUGCUAUUCAUGCCGGUGCUCCAAACACUGCAAAAGUUGAAGUUGAAGUGACACCACCAAAUGAUGGAGCUAUGCAAAACGGAACAGCUGUUGGAGCAACAGAGGAAGAGGAGGAUGAAGAUCAGCCCCUCAGCCUGGCCUGGCCCGACACGCCCCGCAAACAGCUCACCUAUCUGGCUAUUCUCCCCAUCGUUUUCCCAUUAUGGGCUACCCUGCCUGACGUCAGAAACCCUAGCUCAAAGAAGUUUUUCCCCUUAACAUUUUUCGGAUCGAUCUCUUGGAUAGCAGUAUUUUCUUACCUAAUGGUCUGGUGGGCACAUCAAGUGGGAGAAACCAUUGGCAUCAGUGAAGAAAUCAUGGGUCUGACGAUUUUAGCUGCUGGCACAUCGAUCCCUGACCUAAUUACCAGUGUUAUUGUGGCACGUAAAGGCCUGGGGGACAUGGCAGUAUCCAGCUCUGUCGGAAGUAACAUCUUUGACAUCACUGUGGGCCUUCCUCUGCCAUGGCUCCUCUAUGCUGUGAUCAACAAUUUCGUCCCUGUGGCCGUGAGCAGCAAUGGGCUCUUCUGCGCAAUAGUCCUCCUUUUCAUCAUGCUGCUCUUCGUCAUCCUCUCCAUUGCGGCUUGCAAGUGGAGGAUGAACAAAUUCCUGGGCUUUACCAUGUUUGGGCUUUACUUUGUGUUCCUGAUCGUCAGCGUCCUUCUAGAAGACAGGAUCAUCGUGUGCCCUGUGUCUAUUUGACAAGGAAGGAGGUGCCGCUUUCUUGAACAACACCCCCCUCCCCCCCACACACACACAAAUUGCAAAAGCAAAUGCCCAAACCAGAACCAGACAAGAACAAAGAAACAGUCUUGAAAGAGAAGAUAAGCAACGUCUUUGGAAUCCUCUAAUUUAAAACAGUGGGGAGAGGGAGAGCUGAAGUCAUGAAGCGAGGCGUGGAGAAGUUCAGCUCAUACAAUUGCUGCCGCUGAACCAUGAUGUGGCUGCUUCAGAAACAUGGUCUUGGAGAAGUCCCACUGCUUAUCUGUUGGAGGUAUUGUGCAUGUAUUUUAUAACAAUGUUAAGCUAUUACAUAUGCUACACCUAGGAUCUGCUCCCAUGCAUCUUUCUCUCUCUAUCUAUAUAUUAACAAAUACAUGCUACACAAAGAGAGAGCGUGCAAUAUCUUAUAAACAUACAGGAAAAUGCCAAUAUCCAUCUUUUGGGAGACGCAAUUCUCCUGUUUGGGAUUUUAUCUGUCUGUGUAAUGUAACAGAAAGUACCCAGUGCUGUCAGCAUGAAGCGAACGACAGACAAGAGGCGACUCUCCGUGGAUCGUGUGCUGUUCCGGUGCAGCUAGCAUGUGACGUGGACACGGAGGCUCUGCAGGUUUGAGAAGCAUGCAGAUGUUUAGAGCAGAUCAGUAGAAGUUGGGUUGAUCCACACACACCCAGACUGUGAGAAAUCAAUAACCUUUAUAUGAGGCCAGUUGAGUUAAACAAAAAAAAAGUUCGGAAACUUGCAUCUCCUGUAUGUUCCUGCUUAUCACAGCAUUACUCCAGCAGCAAGCAACUAUUAUGUACAUGUGUGAAAGAAGCGCCACAGGUCGCAUAUCACAGAGGUUGUGCAUUGCCUCUUAUACAAUACUUUACCAGUGGCGGAAGUUUGCACACUCAGGUGUGCAGCAUUGGAGAGGCGAGUGGUCAAGCGAUGUUCAUGCAUGUGAGAACCAGCCUUUAAUCCCAAAAAAGAUGCACCCUGGCUUGCUCUGGCUUCCUUAGAAGGAUCUCUGCAUUUUUGCUAUUGUUCUUCAUCUAUAUAUAUAUAUGUAUAUAUAUUAGCAAGACAUCUUUGAGGUACUCACAGGUAAAACCCACACUUGAAGUGUGGACUCCCAUCGCCCACAGCAUUUACAUAAAAGUGUUACCACUACUAAGUAAAUAUACUCAUUUUGGUAGUGCAGCAAUACUGUAAGGAUACGAAGUCAUUUUAAAUGCUGUUUCCAUUAGUGCAUUUGCCUUGUCAUAUGAAAGAUGCUUGUGUGGCUUCCGUGUAGCUCUUUAAAAUAGAAUUUCAAAACUGCUCUAUGAUGGGGACAAGAACAGAAGCGGAUAAAUCCCAUAGGUUAUUUCCUUUUGUUACCUGCACUGCUGUGCACACUUCCACGUUCCUUUUCUGCUAAAGCUUUGGGGAUGUUUGAGAAGGUAAAUCAUUUCUAGGGAUGUGGAACUAAGUGGUUUGAAGCCGUUUUCUGAAGUUGCUGAGAAAUGUGAAGAUCAAAUUGGGACAGUGAACAAUUAAAGUUUCAUCCAUCUCCUGUAGAAGCCCCAGGAAGAGGGACAGUAGUAAAGAAGAAGCAAAAGAGGUUUCAUAUUUACUAAGACUCAGCAUUAAAUAGAACAGCUGUAAAAAAACUUU